AUGCCGCUUCUCCACUUCUAUCACCAGCUGGAUGCGACGAUGAUGGUGAUGCGGCGGAUGCCGUCACCACCACCACCACCACCACCAGCACCGCCACCGCCAACAACAACAACAGCCCUGGAGGCGACGGCAGGCGCAGCGUACAGGUCUCACGCCCCCGACAGCCGCCAUGUUCGCACCCCUAUUCGCAGUGACCACAGCAAUACUGACCGAAUGGGGGGCCUCUUCCACAGAGACGAUGCCUUGGCUUUACUCGUCGCCGCAGUGGAGCUUAACGACAAUGGUGGCGCGGUGUUGAGUGUUGCGGACUGA